AUGCCCUCUCGCCGCCUCCUUUCCCCGCCAGCGGCGCCUGUCUCCCGGACUGACCACCUCCUCCCGCCUCUAGCCGGCGGUCUGACGGCGGCGUUGUCCUGCCUCAUCCUCCUCGUUCUCUGCUUCCGGCGGAUCACACGAAAGCGCACGGCGCCGGCCGCUUCCGACACCGACUCCAGGAAGCCCCCCCAUCGCCUCCCGUACUCCCUCCUACGCCGCGCCACCUCCAAUUUUUCCCCUUCCCUCCGCCUCGGACAGGGCGGCUUCGGCUCCGUCUAUCGAGGCGAGCUCAAGCCAGGCCCCCACGGCUCCGUAGAGUUCCCCCUCGCCGCCUCCCGCGUCGCCGUGAAGCUCAUGAACGCGGGGUCCCUUCAAGGGGAGCGCGAAUUUCAGAACGAGCUGCUUUUCGCCUCGAAGAUCGACUGUAAGUACAUCGUCUCCGUUUUGGGGUUUUCCUCGAACCCUAGUAAACGCCGUAUGCUUUUGAUUUACGAGCUCAUGGAAAACGGUAGCCUGCAAGAUUGCCUUUUCCAUAAAAAGAGUGAGGAGCUGAGGAAUUGGGGCAAGCGGUUCUCGAUUGCUCUCAACAUUGCCAGAUGGUUGGAGUACUUGCAUCACUCUAGCGAUCCACCCAUUAUUCACGGGGAUAUUAAGCCGAGCAAUAUCCUGCUGGAUGGAGCUUUUAAUGCCAAGAUCGGCGAUUUCGGGCUGGCGAGGUUUAAGGUAGAAGAUAAUGUUAUUGUAGAAGCUGAACUUCAGAAUGAGAACCCUUUGGCGAAUUGGGCAGGGGAGGAUAAUGGAUCUGUGAUGGAGGAUGCAGAAAGUGUGAUUACGACAAGUGGGUUUGAGGAAGUAAACAACAGCGUUCAUUCUAAUUUUGAUACAUCACCCGAGAGCGUGAUUGUCGGAGUCGAGACUUCGCCAGAGGCUGUAGUGGACACACAGCUCCGGUCACCGGAGGAUAAAACGAGCAUCUCGGAAGGGACUUUUGACAAGCUUAGCAUCGAUAGCAGGCAGAAAAGCAAGAAGAAAAAGAGCAUAUCUGGCAAAGAAUGGUGGUGGAAGCAGAAUGCCGGUUCUGAUGGAGAUUCAAUGAAAGUCAAGGAUUACGUUAUGGAGUGGAUUGGAAAUGAGAUCAAGAAAGACAUGCCCAAGAGUGACUGGAACUUUACCCCCUCGAGCUCCAAAUCUUCUGAAAAGAAAGUCAACAAGAAGAGCAAGAAGAAAAGGAAGCAGCUCGAAUGGUGGGUGUCCCUAGACGAUGAAAAUGAUUCCAAGAAAAAAAACAAGAGACGGCCCCCAAGGGAAUGGUGGAAAGAGGAGUACUGUGCUGAGCUGGAGAAAAAUAAUAAGAGAACAAAGACGAAAAAGAAGAAGAAGAAAAAACAAGGGUCAACGAGUGACAUAGACUCUUGCAGCGAAAACUGGUGGAGCAGCAGAGGCAGUAAGAACAGUGGUGAUGUGUGGAGAGUGCGAAAUAAUAUCAGUUACGAUUCGGUUAGUGUGAGCGGAGGUAUUAGCAGCACACCAAGUAUGAGAGGGACUGUUUGCUACAUUGCUCCCGAAUAUGGUAACGGUGCUGACGUGUCCGAAAAGUGUGAUAUCUACAGUUAUGGGAUUCUGUUAUUGGUUCUGAUCGCGGGUCGGAGGCCUCUGCAGGUGACGGAAUCACCCGUGUCAGAGUUCCAGCGGGCAAAUCUGCUGUCGUGGGCUCGCCACCUGGCGCGAUCCGGGAAGCUUCUAGAUUUGGUUGACGAGAGGAUCAGUCGAGAGUCGAUGGAUGAUAAGCAGGCUUUGCUUUGUAUCACAGUGGCUUUGCUGUGCCUGCAGAAGUCCCCGACUCGCAGGCCGUCGAUGAGAGAGGUGGUAGGGAUGCUGUUGGGUGAUGUGGCAUGUCCACAGCUUCCGGUGGAGUUCUCACAUUCGCCUCCUGGAAGGUUUUUGUUCAAAUCGCACAAGAAGGUCCGGUGA